UCACAACAACACGCAUGAUGCAGGUUGGCACAGCGCUUGCGCACAGUGUGGACAGCUGAUAACUCAUCUAUUAUGCUACUUGGCUGUUAAAUAAAAAACCAACAGAGAAGCUUCUGGAUCCUCCGCUGGACCACCGGAGCACCGAAAAUACAAAGUUGUGCAAUGGGAGUUGGACUCUCCGGAGGAUCCUCUGAGCUGAAGCAUCACCACCUGCAGCACCUGAACUGAACACACCUGAGCGCCACCAACCCCCUCCCCCCCACACACACACACACACCUGGGGAGCUGCAUUUUCUUACCUUCAGGUCAGACGCCGCAGUCCCACAGUGCAUUGCUGCGUCUCUCUCGUCCACCAUGUCGGACGCCCCCGAGGCUGCGCCCGCCAGCCCCCCUCCCAUUACCAACCCGCCCCCCCCUGAGGUGUCCAAUCCCAACAAACCGGGCAGGAAGACCAACCAGCUUCAGUACAUGCAGAACGUGGUGGUGAAGACUCUGUGGAAGCAUCAGUUUGCCUGGCCCUUCUACCAGCCAGUGGAUGCCAUCAAGCUCUGUCUGUGGGACUACCACAAGGUGAUCAAGAACCCCAUGGACAUGGGAACCAUCAAGAAACGCCUGGAGAACAAUUAUUAUUGGAGUGCCAGCGAGGCCAUGCAGGACUUCAACACCAUGUUUACCAACUGUUACAUCUACAACAAGCCUACAGACGACAUUGUCCUGAUGGCGCAGGCUCUAGAGAAGAUCUUCUUGCAGAAGGUGGCCCAGAUGCCACAGGAGGAGGUCGCCCUGCUACCUCCAGCUCCCAAAGGAAAGAAGAGCAAACAGCCUGCUGCCACCACAGUGAGCCAGCAGGCGGAGUCUUCAGCCUCACCUCCCGCCUCCUACCCCUCCCCCUCCCAAUCUCAGACACCUGUCAUCUCAACCACACCCACACCUGUGCCUGCCACAUCGCCUGUAUCUGCCCCACAGCCCCCAGCACCCAUGAUGCCGUCUGCGCAGCCAGUCGUCAAGCAGAAGAAAGGCGUGAAGAGGAAAGCUGACACCACCACUCCCACCACAUCAGCCAUCUCUGCCGGUCGCGCCGAUUCGCCGUCUGCUCCGGACGCUAAACCGGUCAAACUCGCCUCGUCUCGCCGUGAAGCCGCUGCCCGCCCUGCUAAGACCCGCCGUGAGACCGUGGAGGAGGUGGCAGGAGGUGAUGGGGCGGUAGGAGGAGUGGGGGCUGGAGUCAGGAAGGGCGGGAAGCUGGGUGAGCAGAUGAAACACUGCGACGCCAUCCUGAAGGAGAUGCUGUCGAAGAAACACGCCGCCUACGCCUGGCCCUUCUACAAGCCCGUGGACGCCGAGGCGCUGGAGCUGCACGACUACCAUGACAUCAUCAAACACCCCAUGGACCUCAGCACCGUCCGGAAAAAAAUGGAUAAAGGAGAGUACAGCGACCCGCAGAGCUUCGCCACUGACGUCAGGUUAAUGUUCUCCAACUGUUACAAGUACAACCCUCCGGACCACGAGGUGGUGGCCAUGGCCCGUAAACUGCAGGACGUGUUCGAGAUGCGUUUUGCUAAGAUCCCAGACGAGGGCCUGGAGGUUUCUGUCCCUUCCACCACCCCAGUGGUCAGUAAAAGCACCGCCUCCUCCGACAGCAGCAACAACUCCUCCUCUGACGAAUCAUCCGACUCUGAGGAGGAGCGAGCCACGCGAUUGGCUGAGCUACAGGAGCAGGUUGGUGCUGCCGACCAAUCACAGCUGAAGGCUGUGCACGAGCAGCUGGCCGUCCUGUCGCAGGCGCCCGUCAGCAAGCCAAAGAAGAAGAAAGAGAAGAAGGACAAAGAGAAAAAGAAGGACAAGGACAAGGGAAACAAAGCCAAGAUAGAAGAAGAGAAGAAGCCCAAGGCUGGCGCCCAACAGCCCAAAGCAGCCAAUCAGAAGAAGGCACCUGCCAGGAAAGCCAACAGCACAGUAACAGCAACCAGGCAACCGAAGAAGGCCAACAAGACAUCGGGCGGUGGUUCGGCCAACGGAGACGAUGGCGAGGAGUCGUCUCUGCCGAUGUCAUACGAUGAGAAGCGGCAGCUGAGCCUGGACAUCAAUCGGCUGCCAGGGGAGAAGCUGGGCCGGGUUGUUCACAUCAUCCAGUCCAGAGAACCAUCACUUAGGGACUCCAACCCCGACGAGAUCGAGAUCGACUUUGAGACGCUCAAACCCUCCACGCUCCGAGAGCUGGAGCGCUACGUCAAAUCCUGCUUGCAGAAGAAGCAGAGGAAGUUACUGCCUACUUAAUUGUGACGACUAGAACUGCAAGCAGCUAUGAGGGGGUCCAAGCCACCCUAGGCUCCGGCCCUGGCACCGCCCUUCCCAGCGUGCCGUGUCAUUCGCCCUCUGGAACUGUGGUCCCUCCUCCUGCAGAGCCGUCUGCAGAAAACUAUGAAAAAUUAAAAAAUAUUAAAGAGUUCAUACUCCACUAAGUUCGGUUUAUGUGAAAAGACAAUUUUAGGGAAAUAUGUAUUUUUUAUUUACAUGGAAAAUUUAAAGUGCUCUGAUCGUCUUUUAAUAAUCAUUUAAUAAGUUAAUAAUUAAUUCCUACAUUAAAUUAAAAGGUUCCAUUUUAUGUUCUGGUACUUCUGGUUGUUUACCACAUAAUUACUAAAUGCUUUAUAUUCACUUUAAACCGCCACAGACAGAUAACAGGUAGCGGGCGGAGAUCCGGCAGCAGUUAGUGGGGAAGUCCCAGUCCAACCGCCCAGUUAGCUUAGCUUAGCAGCCAGACCAGCCUGUCAAAGGAGAAACCCAAAACACCACUUCAAAGUAGGCUCAUUCUGGUUUCUCAUCUCCACAGAUGAAGUUUUUCUUGCUUUCUCAUUUAAAAACUACAUUUUGUCACAAAUUGAUGGUUUCUUUACACUUACUGCUGCCAUUACUGAAGCUCCAUACAAUCCCUCCCCCUUAACAAUCCUUGGAACAGCUGGAAAGACCUACUCCAGACCAGGACCUUCUACCCCUGAAAGUGACAUUACGAGGGUAAAUGUGUAUUGAAAGGCGCCCUGGGCUUUCAACAAGCAAUGGAAAUGGGGCUAAUCAGUGGAUAUAAGGAGUCUCCUCAGUCCUGUUACGCUGAAGUAGACGAUGUGUCCGAGAUCAAUUAUUCCACCAUUAAAGCUGCAGUAGGGAGUUCUGAGAAAACCCUGGACACAUCCAGAUCAACUAAAGAACAGCUUCACCAGAAGGUUCUGCCUGGAGAUCUGUGGAGGACAGAAGAUAUCAGUGGAGAGUUGGAGAAUAUGACCAAGAUGAACCCUGCUGAUAGAUCCUGACCCAAAAACACCAGGCUGGAAUUAAAUCACUAGGCUUUAUGGUCUGACUUCAUUUAUAUCAACCAUUUAUUUUAUUUUCCUAAAACAUGUCUCUGUUUUUCAAAAACGUUGGACAGGUUAAAGGUCACAUUAAAGGCUUUUUAACAGGAGAGUGUACUUACUUUUCUGCCUGCUGAAUUGAAAGCAGAGUGAAUAAUUCUAACUAAGCUUCACAGCAUGUCGCUGCUGCAGAUGAAGAAGGUGUAGAUCAGAGGAUCUGAAAGGCUGCAGAGAUGGAACCUGGUGGAAACCUCGCGGGAUCAAUGUGGACUUUUUUUUGUUCGGUGUGGUUCUCUUUCACAUUCAAGUGAACUAAACUUGUAAACAUGACGACCAUUGCUCCCACUGGACAGAAAUGACUGGAGCGGGAAAGAGCACAGACCCAGAAAUGGAGGCAAAGUGUUGCGUACAGCACCUCUGUUCUGGAUCUCGGUGCCGUUCUUAACGCUGCGGUAUGACUGUGGGGGUGAAGAGCUGCUCAUUCAACACAUUUCACAACGUUCUAUUCAUAAUUUUGCAACACUGUCAGUGAAUGCGUGCUGCAAGCCGAAGGAGACGACUUGCUCUAUGUCCCGUGACCCACAACAUGCUGGUAGCAGCGUUGCUAAGCAACAUACGGCUGAUGAGGUAUGAUUACACCUUUGCUACCGGCUAGAGUGUCAUCUUAAGUCCAAAUAGACGUACGUUUUCUGUAGUUGGGCCUGAUCAGGGUACAUAUUCACACCAUAAGCAAACCGCACCAAAGUCUGUUUGGAAGCGGACCGAGACCACCUCAAAAAGUGGGUCUCGGUCCGGUUGUUUGGUCCGGACCAGGGUUCGCGUGAGUUUAUUCACAUCUGCACAAAAGGUACCAAGGGGGGGAAACAAACUCUGGUCUGUUUUAAUGCCGACCAAAAGUGGCAGGUGUGGUUAGAUCCUAACCCUUCUUCUUCU